AUGAAAAAUCUAGAAGAGAAAAUUCUUAAUUUUAAAUUCAACGAUGUUAUAUUACUUGAGAAUUCUAAGACUUUAGAAUUAUUUUUAAAAUACAAUUUAAUCAAAACAGAAAUCCCUUGUGUUAAAUGUGAUGGAAGAAUGAGGAUUAUGGUGGCUGCAAUGUAUAUAGACGGAUAUGCUUACAGAUGCUCUUCUAAGGCAUGCAGAUCAAGGGAAAGCUUUAAGAAGGGGUCUAAAAUGGGUACCCGAAUAUAG